CAUUCUCUCAGCCAACUUGGUAUAUAAAAAACCACCCCAUUAACUCACCAAAAGCAUAGAGUUUGGUUUCAUAGUUUUUCCGGAGUCAGUUGUAAAGAGCAGAACUAGAAGGAUGGAGGGAAAAGAAGAAGAUGUUAGACUGGGAGCCAACAAGUUCUCCGAGAGACAACCUAUUGGGACGGCGGCUCAGUCCCAAGACGACAAGGACUACACUGAGCCACCACCUGCACCGUUGUUUGAGCCCAGUGAGUUGACCUCGUGGUCUUUUUACCGAGCUGGGAUAGCUGAGUUCGUUGCUACUUUCCUUUUCUUAUAUAUCUCGGUGUUGACUGUUAUGGGAGUCGUUAAGGAACCCACAAAGUGCUCAACUGUUGGGAUCCAAGGGAUAGCUUGGGCCUUUGGUGGUAUGAUCUUUGCUCUUGUUUACUGCACUGCGGGUAUUUCAGGUGGCCAUAUCAAUCCGGCGGUGACAUUUGGGUUGUUCUUGGGAAGGAAAUUGUCCUUGACAAGAGCGAUUUUCUACAUGGUGAUGCAGUGCUUGGGAGCCAUAUGUGGUGCUGGUGUGGUUAAAGGGUUCAUGGGGAAGACAAGGUACGGUACUUUGGGCGGCGGAGCUAACUCGGUGGCUCAUGGCUACACCAAGGGAGAUGGUCUUGGUGCUGAAAUUGUGGGCACCUUUGUUCUUGUUUACACCGUCUUCUCCGCCACUGAUGCCAAGCGCAGUGCCAGAGACUCUCACGUCCCUAUUUUGGCACCCUUGCCAAUUGGAUUCGCAGUGUUCUUGGUGCACUUAGCCACCAUCCCAAUCACCGGAACCGGUAUCAACCCGGCUCGUAGCCUUGGUGCAGCCAUCAUCUUCAACAAGGACAAGGGCUGGGAUGACCAUUGGAUCUUCUGGGUUGGUCCAAUGAUUGGAGCAGCACUAGCAGCACUCUACCAUGUAGUAGUGAUCAGAGCCAUUCCAUUCAAAUCAAAAUGAUCCCAUCAACGGCCAUGAUUAUUCUCUCAACAAAAAAAAUCCACAUCGAUCCUUUCAGUUUGUUUGUAUGCUCUUUUGUAUUUGUGUAAGAAUAUUGUAAUAUAUGGGGUAGCCUUUGUUGUAUCCUUUUUACCUGCUUUGGUUUUUUUAAAGCAUAAGAAAAGGCUGGGUGCUGAUGGCAAAUUGGACUCAUCUCAAAGCUGGCAUUGUAAUUUGUAUGAAUGUGGUUUGUGAAAUGUCAUUUUCAUAAUAACGCCGACCCAAAACCUACUUCCA